AUGUGCCGUAACGGCACCUCCUGCCCGUUCCGACAUGAUCCUAAGAGCAUUAUAUGUACGUACUACCUUCACGGUAAUUGCCGUAAUGGAAUCUCAUGCCGCUUCUCCCACGAGUUGCCCGACACACAGCAGCCUGCCGUUGAAGAGGGCGUCGAUGGACCGCCACCUGAUGUCUGCAAGUUCUUCUGGCACGGUAGUUGCCGGGCAGGAAGUAGCUGUCGAUGGCGGCAUGUGAAGGCUCCUUCUCGGCUAUCGGCGGCACCUCCUCCCAAUCUGCCAGCGAAAUCGAAUCCAUUGGUCUCCGAGCGAGCCAAGGCUUUGCUGGAACGGCACUCGAUCUCUCGGAUAGCACAAGAGAGUGGGGCCUCUGAGAUAGUGGUGAAGGCUCGUGCUCCUGCUACUAAGUCCCAACGAUAA